CACACACACCUGCUGACAGGACAGACGCCUAUAAACUUGUCCGGUCUUUUCUUCGUGAUGUGCAUGAAGCCAACCUUCUUUAUUGUUUGUCUCAAUCUUUAUAGGCAACAAUCUUCAACCUGUGGAGCAAACUUUGCCCCCCGUUUUGUGAUGAAGAGGAUGGAGGUUUGUGAGGAUGAGCUGAUCCUCUGACACCAUGAUGAACCCAGCUUCUGCCGACUCGUCUCGGCAGUCAGACAACAGCGGCAGCCGCAAGCAGCAGCAGAGAUCCUCGUCCCCGGCGGGGCUCAAAGAAACAGGAGCUAAAGCUGCGCAGAAAGGCGGCAGUUCGGGUAAAACUAAAGCAUCAGGAGGAGGAGGAGGAGGAGGAGGAGGGAGAAGCAGCCGAGGUCAUUCUCCUGUCUCCACAGGCAGGGAGCGGCAGGUCGGCAGAGGCGCGGCUGCUGUCCAGCCUGCCGGUGCUGAAAGCCCGCCGCCGAGCAGGCCUGUGGAGGACUCCCCCCGCCUCGCCGCCGACGCCUCCUCCUCGCCCUCCAGAGCGGAUCCGAGCCGCGUCGUCUCCGACCAGCCGUGCGCGUCCAAGUCCCCGAAGCUGAGGAGCAAAAAACCGAGAAGGGAGGAGGAGAAUCAUCAUCAGCAGCAGCAGCAGCAGCAUCAGGCCGCCGCGAGCAAAAAGAGCUCCAGGAGCACGGUGGGCUGCGGGCCCGGCUUCUGGAAGGAGGGAUGCCUGCAGACGGAACUCAUCCAGUUCCACCUGAAUAAGAGCUUGGGGAAGAAAGGGUCCAAGAUGCAGGCCAAGUCCGCGUCGCCUCCGGCGUCCGAGCCGGAGCUGUCCCCGGAGCCCGACAGUCCCCAGCGGGCACCGCACCCGGACCCCCGGCUGCAGGACGAGCUCGAGAGGCUGGAGGACGAAAACGAUGACCUGAAGACUGAAAUUCAGGAGAUGCGGGCAGAGAUGGAUGAGAUGCGAGACACCUUCUAUGAAGAGGACGCCUGCCAGCUUCAGGACAUGCGCAGAGAGCUGGAGAGAGCCAACAAGAACUGUCGGAUCCUCCAGUACCGGCUGCGGAAAGCCGAGAGGAAAAGGCUCAGGUUCACUGAGAGUGGCCAGGUGGACGGAGAGCUCCUGAGAAGUCUGGAGCAGGACCUGAAGGUGGCCAAGGACGUGUCGGUGCGCUUGCACCAUGAGCUGGAGAGUGUGGAGGAGAAGAGGACAAAGACUGAGGAGGAGAAUGAGAAGCUGAGGCAGCAGCUGAUAGAGGUGGAGGUCACCAAACAGGCCCUGCAGAAUGAACUCGACAGAGCAAAGGAGCUCUCACUGAAAAGAAAAGGCAAUAAAGACGGGCAGAAAACAGAGAAAAAGAUCCCACAAACCCCAGUCGAGGAAGAAAACGAGGAUCUGAAAUGCCAGCUGGCCUUCAUCAAGGAGGAAGCCGUCCUAAUGAGGAAGAAGAUGGCAAAGAUCGACAAAGACAAAGACCGGCUGGAGCAGGAGCUGCAGAAGUACCGAUCCUUCUACGGGGACGUGGACAGUCCACUGCCUAAAGGUGAGGCUGGAGGGCCUCCCACCACCCGUGAGUCUGAGCUGAAGCUCCGUUUGCGUCUGGUGGAGGAGGAGGCCAACAUCUUGGGGAGGAAGAUUGUGGAGCUGGAGGUGGAGAACAGAGGCUUGAAGGCUGAGCUGGAUGACAUGAGGGAGGACAGCCUGGCAGCAGCAGGAGUGGAUGGCUCCGGCAGUGAGGGUCAGCAGAGCAGGGAGCAGGGGGAGGCCCUGUCUGAACUCAGGCAGCAGCUUCAGCUGGUGGAAGACGAAGCCGAACUGCUGCGCAGAAAUUUAGCAGACGUAGAAGAAGAAAACAAAAAGGUGACAACGGAGCUCAAUAAACUCAAGUACAAGGCUGGGUCCCAUGAAGCUGGAUCAAGACAUGGAGGAGGAGGAAGCGACCCCGCCAAGGUGGAGGCCCUGCAGGAGGAGCUGAAGGCGGCUCGCCUGCAGAUCAACGAACUGAGCGGCAAAGUCAUGCAGCUGCAGUACGAGAACCGCGUGCUGCUCUCCAACAUGCAGCGCUACGACCUGGCCUCCCACCUGGGCAUCCGCGGCAGCCCCCGGGACAGCGACGCCGAGAGCGACGGAGGCCGGGACGACGACACGCCCUCGGCCUCGGCCGCCUCCCCGCGCCUCCUCCCGCCCCACCGCAAGCGCGAGGGCCCCGUCGGAGGCGAGAGCGACUCGGACGAGGUGAGGAACAUCCGCUGCCUCACCCCGACCCGCUCCCUCUACUCGCCCGUCGACAGUCGUUUUUUAUCGCGGAGCCUGAGGGACCGGCAGCAGAUGAUAGACAUCCGCAUCGAGGCGGAGAGGCUGGGCCGGACCAUCGACAGGCUCAUCGCUGACACCAGCACUAUCAUCGCAGAGGCUCGGGUCUACGUCACCAACGGGGAGCUGUUCGCUCGGCUGGACGAGGACGAAGAAGGUGGCAGGAUCAGAGAGCACGAGCUGCUGUAUCGUAUCAACGCUCAGAUGAAAGCCUUCAGGAAGGAGCUGCAGAGUUUUAUAGAUCGACUGGACGUCCCCAAGCAGGACGAUAAACAGGCGGAGGAGCCACUGUCUGGUGGGGAGAACCGGAGGAUUCUGCUGGACCUGAAAACGGUUUUGGAGGAGGUGCAGGGCGAGGUGAAGAGAGAGGAGGAGAAGAGGAGCGAGCUCCAGCUGCAGUACACCAGAGACAGAUGUGCCUGGGAGCUGGAGAAGGCCGAGCUCAAGUGCAGGAUAGCUCAGUUGGAGGCCAGAGAAGCAACGGGGUUUGCGAGUGGAGGAGCACAGUCGGCGGCAGGUUUCGGACCCGCUGCUUCGCGCAGUCCCCGGGAAUCGAAGAGCGAGACCCCGACGCUCCGCAGGGAGAGGGAAGAGCAGCGGAGGAUCCUGGCUGACACACAGUCAGCAGCCAUGGACCUGCGCUGCCGCUUGGAGCACAGCGAGAGGGACUGGUUGAGGGAGAAAGCCGAGCUGCUGGAAAGGUUUGAUGUGGAGAGGAGAGAGUGGGAGAACCAGCUGAAGGACAUGCAGAGGAAAAUAGAGGAGCUGUGCUGUGAGGUGAGAUCCAGUCGACGAGGACCCGGGUUGGACAGCAGGAAGCAGGACGAUAAUGCAGUGAACAGACUAAGUAUACGUUCCACCAGCACAGGCUCCAGUCUGCUCAGUGACCACUCUCGCUCGGAGCUACUCAGCAGCAGCACUCAGUCAGAUCCCAGCAGAAACCCACCGUCACCGGGGUCCGGCCACAGCAGAAACAUCACUCAGCCCUCCACCUGCUCCCAAGCAGACAGUCCUUGUGGGUUCAGUGUUGGUGGUCAGUUCGGUCACGGUGACCGCCUACAACCCGAGCUCCUGGAUGGAUUUAGAUCCAGGGAAACUUGGCAGCAAGACUCAGAUGCUAAUAAUAAGAAGGGAAUGGAUACAACAGAGCUGGAGGCCUUUUAUUGCGGCGUAACACAGGAAUACUCUUCUAAAGGGAGUGAAAAAGGUGUUCCUGUUGGUCCUCCAGAAAGUGCUUUUUGGAAACAAUUGAGUUACGGCAGCGACAAGAAGAAGAACACGACUGCUCUCAAUGCUGCUUUAAAGGAAAUCGCCCGUGUCAGUGAGGAGUUGUGUAGCUACCAAGAUGAGAUCAGAAAGAAAAAUGGAAAUAAAAGGAAUCAGUGUGAGUCCCUGUGCCCACCUGAGGAAGGGGAGAAACUCUGCCUGCAGCUCGAUGAACCUCCUUGUGACCUCAGUCAGAUGUACGAUGACUUCCGAGCCUUGGAGAGAGAAAACUGGAUCAGCUUGUCUCCAGGUAACAUCUGGCAGACCAACAGAGGGCCGAGUGAUUCCUGGACAUCAAUCCCUGCUGAUCUGGCUAGCUACGGAGGCCCCGAGACGGGCCAGACAGAAACUGAUACAUCAGCACCUCCCAUCCCUCCUCGCACCUCCUCGUGGAAUCUGAGCACUCCUAACUUGGAUACUGAUCUCCACAUCCCAGAAUCUCCCGUGGCUACCCUGAGGAAGUGCCACAGCCCCUGUGUUCUGGUGGACAGAAAGUGCAGCAGUCCGUCUAUUGUCAGGAAAUUUGAGGCUAUGCUGCAGGAAAACGAGGGGAAGAUUUUCAAAGACGGCGUGUUAGCGUCGUGCUCUGUGCCCGCUAACGCCAACUGUAAUGUGGGUUGCUGCCACAAUCGCUGGUCUUGUGAUGCUAGCAAGUUCGCUCACGACAAGUUAUCUGAAACUGUCCAGAAAAGCUUCUCUGAAGUCAACAUCGUGACUGCUUGGAAAGACCUGCAACCAGAUUACAGUUCUGGUGAUGUUGGAAAGCUGCAAACUUCUCCCGAUGUUGACGGAGAACCUGCUUACAUCUUCUUGUCUUCUCUGGAACAAACACCUGUCAGCUCCAGCCUCCAGGGCUCCAGGAGAAACUUAAUGCUGGAACGAAAAACAGCUGAGUUCAACAGAACUUUGUUUCAAGCUGAGAUGGGUCAUGGAGUAGACGCACAAGGCAGCUCGAGUGUAACAGAUACCUGCUCUGGUGCUCCCCAGCCAACCCUUACGUCACAUGAUGUUUUACCUCCAAAAGAGAUUGCAUUUCAACCCAUUUGCCCUGACGUCCCCACGAGCAUCAUGGACUCACAUCCUGAAGAAUCAUCAUCUCGCUCCAUCUCAAAUUACACUUUACAGAACCACGAAGAGUUGCCACUACAAAUGAGGUAUGCUACUGAAGUCCAAGAGGUCAGAACAAAGCCAGAAACCCCUCUUGUCCUCCCGCCUGAGCAGCCACAGGCAGAACUCAGGGAGGCAACAAUAUCCUCUCUGAGUCCUUUACUCCACGCUGAGGUCAAACCCAAAGUUCCAACAGCCAGGAGUCCUUCCAGGAAAUUACAACAGAGAGCAGCCACAGAGCCGAUUUUUUCAGAGUCUUCCUUGCCUGUGAAGACCCAGCCAGGCCAGCCUAUGGAUAACACCAACUCUAAGACCGACAGUCCCUUUGAAUCAAAGCCUCAGCCAGCUGCAGCUGGUGGCUCACACCAGCAGCCGUCCGAGAAUAAAAAGAGUCAGCCGAGACACAAAUCUGGUUCCCCUCACCAGCCGGACUCCUCCAAACCUGCGCUUCGAAUGAUGAACGACCAUCCCUGGAAGCCUCUGACGCUCGCUGCGUACCCGCGACCCGAGGGGUCCAGGUCGAACUACGGCGCCGUGGAAAGGAUUCUGAAGAACUACGAGAGCGCGGCUCGGGCCCAGCAGAACGAGAUAACGUCGAGCUCUAAGGCCAGCUGUGGACAGGAGGACAGCACCACAGAGGUGGACCUGCUGGACAUAAACGCUGCGUCUUUAACCCCCUCUCCAAAACGCACGCAGACGUCCCACAGUCCAGAGGCACACAUCAGCGGUCACAGUGCCUCGGUGGAGGAGGUUCAGCUCAUAACGCAGGACGACGAAGAGCUGCGCGUCUCUUCUUCCUCCCUCCAGAAGAACUUCUCGAGGCCCGCCCGUCCGGCCAACCGUCGCCUCCCCUCUCGAUGGGCCAGCCGCUCCCCCACCUCGUCCUCCUCCUCCUCCUCUCCGCGUACCACUCCCAUCGUACCCGCGUCCUUUCCCCUCCACAAACACUCCUCCUCUUCUUUCACGUACUCGCACAGCUUUCACAUUGAGACUGUCAUCAUUUAAACUUCGUGGCGUUUUUUUUUUUCACCCAACCGGAAGCCUUCGGUGAUAAACUCUGAAUUGUGUUGCCGCAUUUUUUUUUUUUAUUGUACAUACCAAAUCCAGAUUA